GCCGCCCAGAAGCCGUGGGGCAGCGCGGAGCCGCCGUCCCGCACCACCGCCACCGCCAUGGCCGCACCGCCGCCGCCCAGAGGGAGGGAGGGAGGAAGGAAAGGGAAGGGAAAAGAAAGGAAAGGAAAGGAAAGAGGCGGCGCCGGCUCGUCAGUUCCGGAGGCGGCAACGACCAGGCGGCGGCCUCGGCACUGUUUAACUGAAGGAUGGCACCCACUCUCAAUCUGAAAGAAGCAACUGGCAGCCAAAACUCAUGGGGUACUUUGCUACCGGAUUUCCCUAAAGGACCACUUUGCAAAUAUCGUAAGAAAGCUUCUUUCAGUUGGAAGGAAAUGGCUCUGUUUUUAGAUGGGGAAGAUAUCAUCCAGCUCAAGAAUAGAAUCUUCUCUGCUUUAGAAAAUGAUCCUUUCUUUGCACAUCAUCCUGGAGAAGAUUUGAGCCAUGAGAAAUAUCAGGAGCUGACAUUCCUGCGCUGUAAAAGGCUGUUUGAGUAUGACUUUCUUACUCCACAAGAGAUCACAGAGAAACCAUUAAGGAUACUAAAUAUGAUUGACUGUUUGGGGAUGUAUGAUUGGUCUCCAUGUCUCAAGUAUUUUUUACAUUGUGGUGUAUUUGCAGGUACAAUUUUGAGUGCUUCUAAGAGGUUUGCAGACUUAGUGAAACAAGUAUAUAACAUGGAGAUUUUUGGAUGUUUUGCUCUUACUGAACUCAGCCAUGGGACUAAUACAAAAGGCAUACGAACAACUGCCACAUUUGACAGCAGCACUCAGGAAUUUAUCAUCAACACUCCUGAUUUUGAAGCUGCAAAGUUCUGGGUUGGUAAUAUGGGGAAAAAUGCCACUCAUGCAGUUGUGUAUGCCCAACUCUAUACUCCUGAUGGACAAUGCCAUGGAUUGCAUUCCUUUAUUGUACAGAUUCGAGAUACAAAAACUCUUCUACCAAUGCCAGGUGUGAUGGUAGGUGACAUAGGAAAGAAAGUCGGGCAGAAUGGAUUGGAUAACGGAUUUGCAAUGUUCCAUAAUGUUAGGAUACCUAAAGAAAGCAUACUGAAUGUAGCUGGAGAUGUCACAACUGAGGGAAAAUACUCAAGCUCUUUCAAGGAUGUUAAAGAUCGUUUUAGUGCUUCUCUUGGGUCUUUGUCAACUGGCAGAGUUCUGAUUACAGCAAUGUCUGUGACCAAUUUGAAGCUUGCCUUAUCAAUAGCCAUUCGCUUCUCGGCAACUCGCCGUCAGUUUGGACCAACUGAUGAAGAAGAAAUACCUGUUCUUGAAUACCAAACACAGCAAUGGCGCCUUCUUCCUUAUCUGGCUGCUGCAUAUGUGUUAGAUUAUUUCUCCAAAUCCCUAUUUGAGAACUAUGUAGAAUUUUAUGCAGGCUUAUUGACAAAGCAAAGAAGUCAGAGACAGGCUGAUUUGGGACGUGAGAUUCAUGCCUUAUCUGCUGCCAGCAAACCAUUGGCUUCUUGGACUGCUCAGCAGGCAGCCCAGGAAUGCCGAGAAGCUUGUGGAGGACAUGGUUACCUUGCCAUGAAUCGACUGGGUGAAAUUCGUAAUGACAAUGACCCAAACUGUACAUAUGAAGGUGAUAAUAACGUCCUGCUUCAGCAAACCAGCAACUACUUAAUGAGCUGGAUGAGUUGCAUAAGAGAGAAAGCUCCUUUAGAAUCUCCUUUUGGAACAGUAAACUUUUUGCAGAACUACCACCACAUCCUUGGCCAGAAAUUCACAGCCAUUAGUGUUGAAGGUUGCAUGGACUCUUCAGUUCCUUUAGCAGCAUAUAAAUGGCUGGUUUGCUACCUGCUCCGAGAAAGUGAUCUAAAGCUGAACAAGGAGAAGCAGUCUGGGCGAAGUGAUUUUGAGGCAAAAAAUAACUGUCAGGUAUACUACUGUCGAUCAUUAGCCAUUGCUUUUAUUGAACAAACAGUCUUACAAAGAUAUCAUGACUACACUCAUGAUCCCAGCGUGCCAUCUACUCUGCAGUCUGUGCUUAAGAAUCUCAGUGCUCUGUUUGGCCUCUGGUCUUUAAGUAAACAUUUGGCUGUGCUAUACCAAGGUGGCUAUGUAUCAGGUGAACAAGCUGGAAGAUUUAUUCAAAAUGCUAUUUUGGAACUCUGCUACAGGUUGAAAGAUGAUGCUGUUGCCUUGGUUGAUGUCUUUGCUCCUCCUGACUUCAUUCUCAACUCUCCCAUUGGCAAAGCUAACGGAGAGUUAUAUAAAAAUAUGUGGGCCGAGAUCCUUCAAGGCAGCAAAGCUCUGAACAGACCUUCAUGGUGGGCAGAAUUUUGUAUUAAUAAACCUGUUACAGGCAGGCUGAGGUCAAGACUGUAAAUGAAACAAUUUGUAAGAGGCCAGAUGGAGCUAAGAUGGAUACCGUAUUACAGACAUCAGAAGGAAAUGAAAUCGUAUGUCAAACACAAAAAAUGAAAGAGAUUUUCAAAUAGAGGUGCCAAAUCUUAGAAUAACUUUGAAAUUGAGUCCAACUUGAUCUCAAGGACUGUUGACAUAAUAGUGACAAGAGCAAAAGCAACGCAUGUGCAUAUUAUUCAUAUUUACUCAGUUAAAUAUAAAAAAUGAAGAUUCUUUAAGAUCAUUGCUUUGCAAAGUGUCUAUACAUAGAAUGUUCCAGUAGUGUCUUGACUUUACUGGCAUAUUACUGAAAUUAAAUAAUUAACAAGCAUCUCCCACCAGUGGUUAUAAACGAACUGAACAAAAGUAUUUUUUCAAGAUUCUAGGAGAGUAUUAACAAAAUAAAAGAGAAUUUUAAAACAAAUGGAAAAAAUAUAUCAAGAGCAGCAACAUGGAUAAACCUGUAUUAAGGAAUGAGAAUCAUUUCAGAGCCCCUUUAAAGUCCAUGAAGCUUUUCUGAUUUACUUCAUGUGCUCUGGUGUUAAAAUAUUUGAUUAUUCUUCCAGUGUAAGAGAAGAUUUGGGAAUUCGGGUAAGCUGCCUUUGAAAUGUAUGUAUCUUUGUAAAUGAAAUUAAUUGAAAAUGAGUCAUUUAUACAUUUUUUUUAAAAAGUGUGGUAAUGCAAACCUGAAAGUCUUGUAUAUGUUCCGGUUAGUUAUAAUCCUUUCAGUACUGCAAACCUAGUAAUAAGCCUGGGAUAAGUCAACAUACACAGAAAGUGCACCUACAUUUUUAGAUCAAAAUGUACUCAAAUUAAUGUGUUUGAGUUAAAAAUACUGUGCUAUAAGAACAUGUAACUGUAUGAUAGGCAGUAUUGAACAUACUACAAAUUUUCUGUCAGCUAUAUUAACCUGUAAAUAUUUUUCUUUUCAAAAAGAAGAGACACUUACAUAAAGCUUUGAAAAUUCAGAGUAUUUUAGGUUUUAGAUACACUGUGGAAAAAGUAAUUUUUUUAUUGUAUCUGUGAACUGUUAAACCCUAAAGCCUGCUUCCCUUGCUGUUGUAAGCAGGCAUAUCAAGUCAGAGAGAUUCUUUCAUAACUUGACUAGUAUUUUUGGCUUCAUCUUGUGCUGUUAAAAUACACAGAAGUUAGUGCUGAAUAGCACAUUAGCAGAGUUAGAUUCUUGUCCUUGAGAAGUUUUAAAAUUUCCUAAGGAGUUUCCAUGUCAGUAUAUAAAAGUUCAUAAGUCUUUACACACCACCACCUUUGAUCACUUAGUUCUGUGAAGGCUUCCACAGUUCCACCUAAAUCUGACAGAGCUUAGGAGACAUUUCACUGCAGAAGAAUGCAUUGCAAGGCCAAUAUUAAAAAGAUUUCUGGAGUAUCUCAAGGUAUAUUACCAAACAGAAAAAUUUUAAGUUUUAGUUUGGUUUUCUAGGAGCAAUUCAAGGUUAAUUAAAGUUGAUCACCCUCAGCACACUUCACUAAUAAAUAAAUAAGUUGCUCACACUUCCACUGGAAAAAUGGAUAAAAAUACCAUGUUAAGCUUUACCUGUACUUUUUUUUCUGAACUUCAUUUUCUUUGUCCAGAAGAUUGUCGGUGUUGCUGGUGUUUUUUCUGUCUAUAUUCUUUCUUUUCUAAUGAGGCAUCAUAAUUCAGGAUAUCCCAGUAGAAAUCUUUGUCUAGCUAUCAAACAAUAUAAAAGAGGAAAAAGUUUAGGCAGCUUUGUUGAAAAGAUUGGUAUAUACUAAGACUUUAUUUUCUUUGAAUUACUUUGCCUUUGAAUUGCAUUUGAAUGUCCAAUAGAUGGCAUCAUCCCAUGGAAAAAGAUAAAUACAGAUAGUGUAGAAUCAUAGAGCCAUAUGAUUAUCUUCAUCUGUUUCUAUUUUCUCCAUCUACAGGGAAUCCAGCAAGUGUGGAUUUGUAAUUUGUAUUUGCAAUUUGUAUUUUUGCAAAUGUGAAUGGAAAUAGGCAGAGCACAUUAUUUCCAGAAACCAGUGUGAACACUGUGAUCUUUGUGUCAAUAAAAGGGACAAAUGGGGAAAAUGAUGCCUCACUACUCAAAAUGCAGAGACCAGUAACAUUGAUUGGCUGCUCCACAUUCUGUACCAUCGACUAUCAGCAGCAUUAUUUCACCGCAUCUUGAAAGCAUGUGGUUUCCCUAUCACCUCUGAGUUUUUCCUAAGCAAUAAUUUUCUACUGUCUCUUUCCUCACAGCUGGGAAGAAGUAGCAAAGUAAAACAAUUGUAUAUAAAUCUUGCGUGUAGACUAGCAAACUAGUUUUGAGGCCUUCUGUAGCCCAGGAAAAAAAAAGGAGAGCUAUGUUUGGCAGGUAGCUUUAGCCAGCUAUGUUUGGCAAGUAGCUUUAGCCACGCUUGUCCGAAAAAAAAAGAAACUGAGAAAUCACAGCAGAACAAACCAAAGAACCAGCAAGCCCCAAAGAUACCUGCUGAACACAUAACAGGAAAAACAGAAUUGUGGCUCUUUUGUGGAGAUAAAUGCCUAAACUUCUCCUGCUAAUCUUAUUUAUUGCUACUAAACUUUGGAUGUUUGUCAACAUCCAAAAUCCCUGAUAGAUAAGAACUGUACAAACUGACAGUAAACUGGUGUUUGUCCUGAAAAGCUUGUAACUGACUGAAAUGAAUAUUGAAGAGAGUGUAUCAACAAGAACAUGAUCGUGGGGGGGCAGAAUAGGAUAAUCAGUAAAAUGUCAUGAUUAUAGAUGCUCAUAUAAACUGUGCAAAUACUUCACACAGCUUACGUUAAGGACAUAACUUUAUGAGAGCCUUGGAUACCUACACAGUUAACCAAAAGCCUUAGACACCUGAGCAUUUUACUACAGUCCAGAUGACAAAGUGCCAAAGCUGAAAAAAGUGAAGAUGGACUGGGUCCACAGCAAGGCUAUGAGGAGUUACUCUUGGUAACAUCACACAUCUCUGUACCUCCAACAGAGGCAUGGUGGCUGUUCAUCAAAGCUGUUUGCAAGCUCAGUGCCAGGUGUUCAACAGCUGCUGCACUUUAUAUGCUUCCAGCAGAGACAGACUCAUUCUGUGGGCCUGAUCCACUCUGUACUGGAUAGCUAUCAAAGCCUUAAUGUUUUCUGUAUAUAUAUUUGUUGUCAUUCUUUCCCUUUAAUCAGUUAUGACUAUGAAU